CUGCAGCCCGGGCCAUCAAAGCCGCCUGAGCCCGGGGAGAUGCUGCGGGCAGGACCGGGCCGGGCAGCCCUGGCCGAGGGGGGGGACUCGGGGCAGCUGCCGGGGCUUCUGCUCUUCUUAGUGUUUGUAGCAGCUCCUGGGUGGUGACAGGUUGGGAGGCCGUGUGGAAAUCCUUCCUGAAGCGGAGCUGGUUUGUGCUGCCCUGCCAUGGCAAGAAGAGCGCGGGGAUGCUCACCCACCCCUGCAGCAUAACCUUGGGGAAGGAGAAACAACGCGAACCCUGGACGCGCAGCCACCAUUGUCUGCGCUGCUUUUCCUGCCUCAGAAAGCAAAUCAGCCAGCUGGUGAGGUUUGACUCGUGUGAUUGAGUCCUGCAGAACCGCUGACACGCUGAACAAGGGAUCUGUGCACUCUCUUUUCCGCAACAAGAAAAGCAAAUGCCAGCUCAAUACGAAGCUCAAAGCCUGUGGCACUGGAAUAAAUUAGGUCUAGAGCUGAAUGGCAUUUGGGAAAAGAGACCCCUGAAACUAUUAGCCGCAAGUUCGGUUUUCCCAUCCGGAGUCUUUCCCGAGCAAACUUCUUGCGCUUUCGCCUCCAACACCCAGCGAGCGGGGUAUGGGGCCGGAUCCACGCCUCCCUUCGCCGCCUCCAUGCCCGGGCUGUACUCCAGUGGCAGCGCCGUGCACCCCCAGCCCCCCAGCAUGUAUUCCUCCGGGUACGGCCUGGAGCCCGGCUCCUUCAACAUGCACUGUUCCCCUUUCGAGCAAAACCUCUCCAUGAUGUGCCCGGGAGAUGCUUCCAAGCAGAACUGCAGCAAAACGGACCAGAGGGACUCAGAUUUGCAAAGCGACAGUAACUUCCGUAUCUACCCCUGGAUGAGGAGCACAGGCACGGACAGAAAACGCGGCCGCCAGACCUACACGAGGUACCAGACGCUGGAGCUGGAGAAGGAGUUUCACUACAACCGGUACCUGACCCGGAGGAGACGCAUCGAGAUCGCGCACGCCCUGUGUCUCACCGAGAGACAAAUCAAAAUCUGGUUCCAGAACCGCCGCAUGAAGUGGAAAAAAGAGAACAAAACUGCCUGCUCCGGGUCCAGCAGCCAGGAAAAACAGGACGGGGAGGACGACGAGGAGGAAUGAGGGGCGAGAGGUGGAUGCGGGAAAGGUGGAAACCCACGCGAGAAGAAAAAGGGGGGGAAAACACACAGAAAAAGACUAUAUAUUAAAAUAGAGAAAGGAUAAGUACAUAAAUAAUUGAAAACCCUAGGAAUGAUACAUUGUGUUUCCUGACACUGAAAAAAAUACUACCUAUAUUAAAGUCUUUUUUUUUUUGUACAAUAGAACGACUAUCUACCUAUUAAAUGUGGCUUUAGAGUCAGAAUAGAUACAUUUUUGUAUGUGAGUCUUCCUAUAGUACAAGUAAUUUGUAAAUCUCCGUUUGUACUUCGCUGUGUACUUUGGGGUGUGAAGUAACAUGGUCGUGUUUAGCACCUUUAAUUUAGAAAAUGUGACCUGAAAGUCUGAAUGCAAAUUCUACUUAGCGUAUAUAGUCCUGUACAUAAUAUGAAUGAUGAUCCCGCCUCCUCCCUGUAACCUCUCUGUUUCUUUUCUCCUCGCUGCGCUCUCCCGUCUCUGUAUAUUUUUACCUGCAUUUCUUACUUGUUCAAGUCUCUACGAAAAAAAGAGAGGAAUUAAUAUUGUGCUACGUAAAAUGUUCUAUAUCGAAGUAGCAAAUUAUUUAAUGGCGACGCGCUGCUUUUUUUCCCCCCUCUUUUCACCCUUGUCUGUGAUUAUUAUUCUUCAAAAUAAAAAGGAAAUCUCCCAUUAUCUACCAUCA